GGAUCUAAAUGUUGUAUUUGACGAAGUUAGAGAACCUGAUCCUAAUUUUCUCAAACCGAAUUUGUGAUCCAAAUAACAGACCGAUUGAGCUCCAUCUCUGCAAUUCCCCUUCGUCAUUAUUUCUAACCUUUAUCCCUGCCUAAAAGAAUUUCUUUAGAGUUUCCUCGAAGGGGUUUCAUUCAAUUAUUCAUUUUAAUUUCGUUCGAUUCGCUUCGGAUCUGUAGAGAAAAUGUAUGGAUUCGAAGCGCUGACCUUCAACGUCCAUGGAGGGUACCUAGAGGCCAUCGUCCGUGGCUACCGAUCCGGCCUUCUCACCGCUGCCGACUACAAUAACCUCUGCCAGUGCGAAAGCCUCGAAGACAUCAAGAUGCACCUAUCCGCCACUGAGUACGGGCCUUACCUCCAAAAUGAGCCCUCUCCAUUGCAUACAACUACAAUAGUGGAAAAGUGCACUCUUAAACUGGUCGAUGAGUACAAGCAAAUGCUGUGCCAAGCCACAGAACCCCUAUCAACCUUCUUAGAAUAUAUCACAUAUGGUCACAUGAUUGACAAUGUCGUGUUAAUUGUCACUGGAACGUUGCAUGAGAGAGAUGUUCAAGAGUUGUUGGAGAAAUGUCACCCUUUGGGAAUGUUUGACAGCAUUGCUACCCUGGCAGUUGCUCAGAAUAUGAGGGAGCUUUACAGACUGGUGCUUGUUGACACACCUCUUGCACCAUAUUUCUCCGAGUGCAUAACUUCAGAGGAUUUGGAUGACAUGAACAUUGAAAUUAUGAGGAAUACCCUCUACAAAGCAUACCUUCAGGAUUUCUACAGAUUUUGCCAAAAACUUGGCGGCGCCACUUCGGAGAUUAUGUCUGACAUUCUAGCUUUUGAGGCUGAUAGAAGGGCUGUUAAUAUCACCAUAAACAGUAUUGGCACUGAGCUUACACGAGAUGAUCGUAGAAAACUGUACUCUAAUUUUGGCUUACUUUAUCCCUACGGUCACGAGGAACUCGCAAUCUCUGAGGAUAUAGAUCAGGUCCGCGGUGUCAUGGAGAAGUAUCCUCCUUAUCAGUCCAUAUUUUCAAAGUUAUCCUAUGGAGAAAGCCAGAUGCUUGACAAGGCAUUUUACGAAGAGGAGGUGAAACGGCUUUGCUUAGCAUUUGAGCAGCAGUUCCAUUAUGGUGUGUUUUUUGCCUACAUGAGGUUGAGGGAGCAGGAGAUCAGGAACUUGAUGUGGAUAUCUGAAUGUGUUGCUCAGAACCAGAAAUCCAGAGUGCACGAUAGCGUUGUUUUUAUAUUCUAAUUUAUUCAAAACUAUUUUAGAGCUUUACACUCUUUUGUUGUGUGUAAAUUUUGUUGCAUUUUGAAGGGAAUAUUAUGCUGCAUUUUUUUUUA